AUGAUUGGAAAACAUUUUUUUUCAGUUUUUGUCAACAAUUUGCCGAAUGAUAUCUCCAAGAAGAAAUUAUUUCUCUUGUUCCAUUGGACAGGACGAAUUAACGACAUCUAUCUGGUUCGAAAGUUGAAGAAUGGAAUUGUGUAUAUGUUUGCGUUUAUACGAUAUACAACAAAAGGGGGAGCGAUGAAGGCCAUAGCCGAAAUGCAUCAUACAAGAAUAAGGGGAAAGGUAAUCUAUGUAGGUGAGGCUAAGUACAGAAGGGCUGUGGGAGGUGAGAACACUAGAGUAGGCAAUGGGGACUUUGUAAGAUCUAAAGCAGAGAUCAGGCAACCUGAGAAGGGUGAAAGUUCUACGAGAGUGGAAGAAACAAAGAAGAUAACACAUGUUAAGGAAGACUAA